GUCCCUCCCCCGCCUCCCGCCCCAGCCCCCGCCCCCGCUCCGGCCGCUCCUGCCACCGAAGCUAUGGCGCUCGUCUCCGCGCCCGCGCCCGCCGCGGUGUGGACGGCUGUGUCGCCGCCGGCCGAGGCGAACGGGAGCUCCGACAGGAAGAAGAAGAGGAAAGCGGAGGACGGCGAAGGGUGCAGGACGUGCAGCUGCAAGAAGUCCAGGUGCCUGAAGCUUUAUUGUGUGUGUUUUGCUUCUGGGUCACAGUGUUCUGAAUUAUGUGGCUGUGACCCAUGUUAUAACAAGACUAUUCAUGGUGUUCAACAGAAUACACCACCAGGCUUGCCUUUGCAAGUUGUUCGACCAGCAGAGGGUGGUCAAAAUUCAGCGGAAUUUGCAAGAUACCAAAUUGAUUUUUUUAGAAGAAAAUGCACUUGCAAAAAGUCAGGCUGCCUUAAGAAAUACUGUGACUGCUAUCAGGGAGGGGCGGGAUGCUCCAUCAACUGUAAAUGCGAUGAUUGUAAAAAUCCAUAUGGGAAAAAAGUUGGUGUUAUUUUGGAUGGUAAAAGUAUUCUUGCCGCACCCACACCUACCCCAAAUGAAAGGAAUGGUGCGGAAGUUAUCUCAAGUGAUGAUGAUGAUGAUGAUGAAGAUGAUUAUUACAUGAAUCGUCCACUGUCACCUAUCCCCCCAUCUCCAGUAUCCAGAGAGUCUUCAUUCCAGCAGGAGACUCUAGUGGGCGUUGAAGUUCAUACUGUGAAUGGGCACCUGUACCCGAAACCGCUGACCCAGGUGCGGCCAGAGUCAUGGCAGCUCUCGAGGAGGCCUGCCGAGGAAGCACGGGGAGAUCAAUGGCGCUACAUGAGGAGGCCCAGCGAGGACGGAACAUCCGAUGCCAUGGAAGGACACGCUGACCCCAAGUUUCAUCAUCAGAGAGACAGCAACAAUAAACAGCGGGAGAGCCAUGCCGACAACAGGUUCAGCAUCCCGCGGUGCAUCGAGGUGAUGAACGGCAUGGCGGACCUUUCGCCGGUGGACAAGUCGCUCGCCCCAGACGUCUUCUUGGAUCCAAGCAACCGGGAGAUUUUCCUGUCGCUGAGUGUAGAUAUCCGGACCAUGUGGCUGAAGCGAAAGAUGAGGAGCCUUGUGUAGAGAAUAGUAGCACCGCCGCGCGAUUCUUUUUCUCAGUCAGGAGUAAUAACACUUGAAAUAAGUAAUGCGGUGUGUGCUGUAGAUAUCCCUAGUCUCUUCUGAUUAUGAGUUAUGUGUUUGAUGUGUAUCUAGCACCGACUAAUCUAUUUAUGGUAAAUCUAUAUUGGGACCCAGCCUGUUCGCCGUGC